ACGAAUGGAGGAGGGGAGGAAACAGCGUGAGAAGGAACGAGAAAAAGAGAAGAAACAACAACAGGAGGAGGAGAAGAGAAGAGAGGAGAAACGGCUAAAGGAGGAGCAGGAAAAGAAACAGAAGACAGCAGAUGAAGACAAGAAGCUGGUGACUGAGGUCCAAGAUUCAGGUUCUUCAUCAGAUUCUGACUCCAAAUCAGACUCGUCGUCACGAUCAUCACAAUCGUCCUCCUCUCAGGAUAAAACACCACCUGCCAGGAAGCUGAAGAAGGUGGACCAAGAAGCAGAUGGUGAGAAAAAAGCUGACCCGAGUAAAGGGGCAGAGACACCACACCUUUCCAAAAGGGAGGUGUCGGAGCCCAGUGCAGCCGCCGUGACGGAGGUGGAACCAGAUUCGGAGAGCUCCAUGGACCAGCAGCCAGCCUCCGGGGCUGAGCCUGAGAACAGUGAGGGCCGCCAUGAGGAGAGCACCACCCCUAAGGCUUUUGCUGCUCGCAAGAUAUCCCUGACCAACAGUAAGACUUCUCCCGCCACCACAGACGGAGGAGCAGGAGAGACUGAGACGGGAACCGCAGCGGGGAGAAAGAGGCGAUGGGGUUCCAGCACGGCCGUCACUGCUAAGAAGCCCUCCAUCAGCAUUACAACGGACUCCCUGAAGUCUUUGAUCCCCGACAUCAAAGUGAACCAGGAGGCAGUCGUGGAUCUUCACCCAGAGGAGCUGCAGUUGUCUGGUGAUGAGGAGAACCCGGAUGCCAGCAGAAGCGACCCAGACAAAGGCCUCAAGAUCCGACGCACCGUCACACAGGUUGUCCCAGGUAGCAGCCAGGAAAAUGGACAGACAAAGGAAGAAGAAGAAGAAGAAGAGGAGGUGGAGAAAAUGGAGACAGAGAAACCACGUCGGACUUCCAGAGACAACAGGAAGAGCAGUUUUUCCGAGGACGCCCCAGAAACACAGACGUCUGUCAGCCUCGACGGGGAAGCGAAGAAAGUUACCCCCAGCGACAGCCUGGUGCGUCGCUCCAUAAGUCAACAGAAGUCCGGUGUGUCCGUCACGAUCGACGAUCCCGUCCGCACAACCAGGCAGCCCUCACCACCUCGUGGAAAAGUGUCAAACAUCAUCCAUGUGACAAACCUGGUGCGACCUUUCACCCUGGGCCAGCUGAAGGAGCUGCUGAACCGUACAGGGAGCGUAGUGGAAGAGGGCUUUUGGAUUGACAAGAUAAAGUCUCACUGCUAUGUCACAUACGCUACAACAGACGAGGCUGUCGCUACCAGAGCUGCCCUCCACAGAGUCAAGUGGCCUACGAGCAAUCCCAAGGUCCUCAACGUGGACUUCUGUGAGCAGGCUGAGCUGGACUUUCACAAAGGUGUCCUGAAGCCAGACAAAGAGGAGGAGCCUGUUCCCCCGCCCGCUGCCCCACCGAUCCGGCUGCCCCCUCUGAUGCCUGAGCGAGACAGAGAACGAGACAGGGACAGAGACAGGGAACGUGAGCGUGAACGCGAGCGAGACAGAGGUGUACGGGAUCUGUGGGCAGAGCGAGAAAGGGAGAUGCAGCGCCGAGAGAGGGCGCGAGGCGAGCGGGAAUGGGACCGGGAUAAAGUGCGGGAAUUUGCACGGCCGGGAGAGGAUGGACGACGAUCUAGAUCCAGAGACAGAGACAGGAAGAGGAGAGAGAGGGCCAAGAGCAAGGAGAGGAAGACUGAUAAGAAGGAGAAGGCAGAUGAACCUCCAGCCAAACUGUUAGACGACUUGUUCCUCAAGACCAAAACAGCUCCGUGUAUAUACUGGCUUCCCCUCACCGAGGAGCAGGUGGCGCAGAGGCUUUUGGAUCGCACAGAGCGACAAAAGGAGCGCGAGCGAAGGCAUAAGGAACUGCAAGAGGAGGAGAAGAAACGCGAGGAGGAGAAGGAAAGGCUGAAGGGCCGGGAGAAGGAUGGCAGCGUGGCGACGAGCGGCGGAGCAGCCGGGCGAGGCGCUGACGGAGACAGAGAGCGGGGCCGAGACAGAGAUCGGGACCGUGAGGGGGACAAGAAGAGGGAUGGCAGCCACCGGCCCCGACGACCUUCGCCGGGCGCUGCUAGUGGACGGCGGUCUCGUAGUCGGAGCAACCCGAGGGACAGGCGUCGCUGAGGGAUGGACGGAGGCCGCAGGAAAAGCUGGAGAGGGAAGCAGUGUAGCUGAGGACGCAGCGGGCUGGCACUGGCAGGGGUGUUUCGGUGUCUGCUCCUCCCCUACCUGCCCCCACUGUGCUUGAAUUCGUCCACUAUGACACCAGCGUUGUCUUCCACACACUUCUGCCACCCACCCCACUCCCCAUCUUUUUAACAAAUUCCUUUGCAGAAACAUGACGGUUCAUCGCGCUCCCCUCCUCCUCCGUUCUCUUUCCGUCUUCCAGCAGAACACCGGCUCCUUCCUCCUGUAGAGAGUAGCGUUUCCUCCUCGUCUCUGUUUCAGUGCUGUCGGUUCCCCUUUGAUUGAAGAAAAGAAGAAGGGCGGUAGUUUUCUGGCUCGCCUCUUCAUUUUUUUGUCCCACUGAGGUUUUGGGAGCCCGCCUCAUUAUUUUAGUUCUGCGGGUGCACAGUUCCUUCCUCCUCAGCCCUGUAAUAAAACCAGUCCAAAAUAGAUCCCUGACCUUCACAUAUUUUCUAGGAUCAGUUUUAAUGUUCUCCUCUUCAGCACAAAACAUUUUUUCUUUAUCUUUGUUUUGUUGUUGUUUUUUUUAAUGUACCUUUAUGGGCGACCUUUGUUGAUAUAAGUUAAUUUUGUUUUCUUGGAAAUUUGAGGAAUCAUGUUUAUUUCUUCAGCCUUUGAAGGCUUGUUGUGCGAGUGACGUCUCGACACUGCGACAGUAGUGUUAGAGAGAUGUGGCAUUAUGCCUAACUUUGUCCUUUUGUGGGAUGAGAAGGAGAGGAUAUGAAAUACUCAGAUGAUUAUGGGAAGCUGACCUUCCCUGCACUGAUGUCUAUUUGAAAACGCCUCCUCUGAUCCUAUAUUUAAGAGGAGGUGAAAAUAAAAAAUCUUUAUCUUCUAAUAGAGUAAUGGUUAGAAUUUUAAAAUUUUCUUUUUUUAGUUUAAAACUGAUUUUGUUGCUUUUUCCUCCUACAAGUGCUGAAUGUACCAAGAAUUAAAAAAAAAAUAUGAAUAAACUUUAAUUGGUUAUCA